GGCUGGUCUUUCGAGACGCGCCGGGCCUCAGAUUCGGCCUGCCCACCUGUGCCAGUCUGCAACCGCCCGUCAAAUCCUCGCCGUGUCCCCGUUGUGUUCGUGGUAUAUCGUCUGGUCUUCCUCCCUCCUCGCACGACUUAUCCGAGUCUUGUUAAUACACGCGUGUCUCGCACGGCUUUUUGCUAGACGCGUACCCCGCGGACUCUCCUCCGAGGUCUUUCGAGCGUCAUAAUUGGCACGACAAAUAUCGCCUACCACUACUCGACGUUGCGCAAGAUUGAAACUUUUUUGGGCUACGUUGUGAUCCGCCACAAAAAUAAAAGAGAGGGUUUCCAGCUGGCAGCACUCAAGACGACUAAUUACCCCUCAUCUGUGGAGAGGCGGCGUCUUGAGGCUUAGCAGCACCCUACCGCCAGAUACACAGUAAAAAAUAGCUAAACGUCAUGUCUCUGAAGCAGGAAAUCGAGACGUGGGUGGCAGCCCUCGCCAGCUACGACAACAACGAGUUCGACGUCGCGUUGAAGGUCUUCGACCAAAUCUCAGACACAUCGAAGAUCCUGUUCAACUCUGGCGUCAUCCACGCUACACUCGGAGAACAUGAGAAGGCAGUCGAUUGCUACCAAAGGGCUGUGAAGAUGGACCAGUACCUCGCCGUAGCCUACUUCCAACAAGGUGUCUCGAACUUCUUGAUGGGCGACUUUGAAGAGGCUCUUGCCAACUUCAACGACACGCUUCUCUACCUGCGCGGGAACAACAACAUCGAUUACGAACAGCUCGGGCUCAAGUUCAAGCUUUACUCUUGCGAGGUCCUCUUCAACCGCGGUCUCUGCUACAUAUACCUGCAACAACGGGAAUCAGGGUUGCAAGACCUGCAAUUCGCAGCGAAAGAGAAGGUGGUCGCAGACCACGAUGUGAUCGACGAGGCCAUCAGGGAGGAAGCAGAGGGCUACACGGUCUUCUCUAUUCCAGUCGGCAUCGUCUACCGACCCAACGAAGCCAAAGUCAAAAACCUCAAGACAAAAGACUACCUUGGGAAGGCCCGUCUAGUCGCCGCCUCAGAUAGAACAAACGCAUUCACCGGGUUUUCUGGCGCUGAGCUGAAGAAGUCGAACAAUAUAGUCAAGGACGACAGGCCUGAAGACAAGAUCUCAUUCGCCGCGACAAACCUGGUCAAACCAGAGCUUCAGAGCAGAGUGCGUCAGCAGUCGGAGCCGCCAAGAAACCGCGAUGUCUUCCCUCCUACUCCACCACCAGAGUCGGAGAGCCGGAGGUCUGCUGGCAGCAGCGAUGGCCCUACAACGACGCGUGCCCAGUCUGUCCGCGGCGGUGGGCCAAAACCUCAAGCCUUGAACCUCGGAAGAGCUGCCUUUGACCAACAAGGCGAUGCCACUCGGCGCCUUCCUACACAACGCUCCAUGUCCGAGCGACCGCCUCAAAGUCGUCCCGAACACCGCCGUUCCGAGUCGAUGCGUAAUCGACCGACACCGCGUCGGAACGAGGAGCCACGUCGUCGCGGAUCAGAUGACGAUAUAAUCGAUGACUACUAUGACGAUCUUGACUCGUACCAGCCGCAGCGGGGCAACCGCCCCUCAUAUGCUCGCUCCAGGCAAGGCGGGUCACGGCGUCCCGCAUACAUUGAGGAAGAGGAAGAAGACGACUACGACGGAAGCGACCUAGAUGACGCCGAGUUCGAAAUGUUGUCCCGCAACUCAAAGUCCAGGCGGAGAUCGCCUGCGCGCUCGGCCCGACCUGGUGGCGCCAGUGUCGCUAAUCGCGGUGGCAUAGGCGGUAAGAUCAAAGUCAAGGUGCAUGCUGGUGACACGCGAUAUGUCUUCCUCAGCCCCGAUAUGGAGAUGCGCGAGUUCGUACAGUCUAUCAGAGAGAAAUUCGGCAUAAGACACAACUUCAAGAUCGAAAUCAAGGACGACGGCGACAUGAUCACCAUGGCCGAUCAAGAUGAUCUGGAGAUGGCGAUCGAAACGGCGAGAGAUUCAGCACGGAAAGAAGGCGGUGACGUGCCAAAGAUGGAGGUUUGGAUCAAAGAAGUGUAGACACAGAGAUACCCCAGCAAAUCAGCAACUUCUUUACGACUUUUUCCUUUCUUAUACUUCUUUGUAUCGCAUCUUGAUUAGCCCUCCCCUUCCCUCCCCCAUAUUGUCUGGAGCUGCGGUAAUGUAGCGAGUUUGUUGUUCUUCGUAUAUCCAUCUUUUUGUGUCUUUCGCAGCCGGACUGUUGGACGUUGGGAAUAGAGUAGUGAUGGCUGGCUUGUACAAUUGUUGUAAUUCAUGACUAUGACUAUGACUAUGACUAUGACUAUACCCG